UCUUCGUCGAACAUGCGCAUGUUCAUGCAAUGUCCAUGUCAAGCGUAGUGCGAGGGGAAUAAUAUUUUGGCUUUCGGGGGCCUAAAAUUAGCCGGAAAAUGCAUAAGUUAAAAUUUUCACAAAGGGACAAAGUGAAAAAAUUUAUAACAUUUACACAAACUGGAGAGCAAACUGCGAUAUAUUGUUUAGCCCAAAAUGAUUGGAAACUGGAUCUCGCUAGUGAUAAUUACUUCCAAAAUCCAGAAGCUUAUUAUAAAGAACCGAAAAAUUCUGUUGACAAAAAGAAAUUGGAAAUAUUGUAUAGCAAAUACCAAGAUCCAAGUGAACCUAAUAAAAUUACUGCGGAUGGUAUCAUGAAAUUUCUUGAUGACUUGAAUCUAAGUCCUGAGAGUAAAUUAGUUCUAAUCAUUGCGUGGAAAUUUCGUGCCGAAACACAAUGUGAAUUCACUAAAGAAGAGUUUAUGAAUGGAAUGGUGGACUUGGGUGUGGAUAGUAUAGAUAAGCUAAAAGCGCGAUUAGGUAGUUUAGAAAAUGAUUUAAGGGAUCCUCUAAAAUUCAAGGAUUUUUAUCAUUUUACAUUUAAUUAUGCAAAAAAUGCGGGACAGAAAGGCUUAGAUUUGGAUAUGGCAAUUGCAUAUUGGAAUAUUGUAUUAGAUGAUAAAUUUAAAUUUCUUCAAUUAUGGUGUCAAUUCUUACAGGAACAUCAUAAAAGAUCAAUUCCAAAAGACACAUGGAACUUAUUAUUAGACUUUGCACUUAUGAUCAAUUCGGACAUGAGUAAUUAUGAUGAAGAAGGUGCCUGGCCUGUGUUAAUCGAUGAUUUUGUAGAAUGGGCACAACCUCGAGUUCGUCAGUCUCUCUAACGAUUUUCUUUUUUUUUGCAACAUUCUCGCACAUGAUAACUUUAUUCGUUUACAAAAGAUAUAUUUUUAAAAUUAUUUUGUGAAAUAUUUUUUUCCAAUGACGACUUUGUUUUACUUUUUAAAAUUGAUUAGAGACAAAUUAAUGCACAUAAUAUAAUGAAUCAUAGUAUAUACCAUAUAGCAUCUUGUAAUAUGCAUUCUCAACAAUUUACAAUAUAUCGCUUCAGUAGACAAUACAAUUUCAUUUGCUAAAAUAUGUAAAGAGAGAAAGUCUUGAGUGUUUGUUUAAAAAAAUAAUAGUUAUUUCCUUUUAUUUAUUAAGUUCAAGUUGUGUGAAAUCUACUAACCACUAGAUACUUGUACAAUAAUUUAAUUACAACUUUUGUUUUAUCUUCAAAGAGAAAAAAGCAUUGCCUUGAAAUUGAUCAUAUUGUACAAAAGUAAUAUAUGUGUGAGAUGUUUAUUUACAUGUGGGAAUGUAACAGAAAGUUGCUCAACUACCAUCGGUAGUAUUUGCAAGCAAUUAAAAAACUCGACGUUUUUUUGAAAUAUGUCGGAAGCAAAAU